AAACGAGAGCCCAGGUGCCUCCUUUACAGAGAGAGAGAGAGAGAGAGAGAGAGAGGAUAAUAAAUAAAGGAGUCCAAUCACUGAGAUUUGACAAAUGCCCUUUUCUCCGAGUGUUGUUUGGUAGUAUUAUAGUAAGUAUUACUUUGAGCUUUUCCCUUCUAUUGCCUCUUUCUCUCUCAUCAGACUCUCUCACACACGCAUACCUUGGUUCUUUUCCUUGAAUUUUUACAUUGGGUUGAUAUUCUGAUACCAUAGUCCAUCUGGGAUUUCAUUUCUUUCGAAAGGCUUCCCCUUUCAUUACCCUCUCACACAUCUACUUUGCAUUCCUUGCUUAUUUUCUUGAAUUUUUAAUGGGUUCCAUAAGCUGACAUCGCAAUCCAUCUAAAAUUUCAUUUCUUCCGCAUUUCGAUUUCUCUAACAGAGAAGCCCUUCUCUUCCUAGCUUCAAGGGUUUGCUUGCAUUAGAUUUUGUAUUCUGCUGGGGCACCUUACCUGGAUGCAUGCUAGUAUUUUUUAGCUUAGAAAUGUAGAAAAUGUGAUUUAAAUUUAGGGUUCUAUUUCAAGUUCGACUCUUGAGAAAGAAAUUGAAAUAGUGUAAUGUUAAUCCGAUGUUUGAGUGAUUGAAUGAAACUAUUGAUACAUAAAGGCACUGGAUUUUGGGUGCUAGAAUGUCAAAAAUGGGAUUCGUUGCUUAUAAAUCCCUAUUCUGUUGGUUCUUGUUGACAUCAUCAUUGUUCAUAUUAUCUUGGUUGUCAAUGCUAAGAUCAACUGGGCAGUCUCAUUCUGUUGCAUUUGGUAUACUGCCAAACUCGAGGUUGCUACGAUUCUCAGAAAUUUCGAAUCUUGAUGUAUCAGUGGGUGAGAGAGCAAAUGGGGAUAAGAGCUUAGAGAAAUGUGGUGGUAAUGUGCCAUUGCUUAGGGUUUUCAUGUAUGAUUUGCCAUCAGAGUUUCAUUUUGAUCUAUUAGGGUGGAAGGGUGUUGGGGAGAACGAUGUGUGGCCCGACAUUCGGGUUAAGGUUCCCGACUACCCUGGUGGGUUGAAUCUGCAGCACAGCAUAGAAUACUGGCUGACUUUGGAUCUCUUGAGCUCUGAAUUUGCAGAGAAUUUGAUAGGUCGUAGUGCUGUGCGAGUGCAUAGCUCUAGCGAAGCAGAUGUCGUGUUUGUGCCCUUUUUCUCGUCUCUGUGCUAUAACCGGUUCUCAAAGGUGAGGCCGGGCCAGAAGAGGAGCACGAAUGUUGUAUUGCAGGAGAAGUUGGUUAAGUUCUUGACAGCUCAGGAGGAAUGGAAGAGGUCUGGUGGGAAAGACCAUAUAAUCGUUGCUCACCAUCCGAAUAGUUUGUUAGACGCGAGGUUGAAGCUGUGGCCUGCAAUAUUCGUUCUAUCAGAUUUCGGGAGGUAUCCUCCGACCAUUGCCAAUGUUGAGAAGGAUGUUAUUGCGCCUUACAGGCACGUCACUGAGAGUUACGUGGAUGACUCGUCUGGUUUUGAUAGUCGUCCCACCUUGCUCUAUUUUCAGGGUGCUAUCUAUAGAAAAGAUGGUGGAAUAAUUCGGCAAGAGCUAUACUACAUGCUGAAAAACGAAACAGAUGUGCACUUCUCUUUCGGAACUUACCAAAAGGACGGCGCAAGGCAGACUUCGAAGGGAAUGCGGUCGUCCAAGUUCUGCCUCAACAUAGCCGGCGACACGCCCUCAUCAAACCGCCUCUUUGAUGCUAUAGCUAGCCACUGCGUGCCUGUCAUCAUCAGCGAUGAGAUCGAGCUUCCCAACGAAGACGUUCUCGACUACUCCAAGUUCUGCGUAUUCGUCAGCACGUCGGAUGCUCUGAGACAAGGCUUUCUCUUGAAUCUUACCAGGAAUAUUGGCAGAGAGGAAUGGACUAGGAUGUGGACGAGGCUGCGAGAAAUCGAACACAUGUACGAGUAUCAGUAUCCAUCGAAACCGAACGAUGCUGUCCAGAUGAUAUGGCAGGCCGUUUCCCGCAAGGUUUCCGGCAUCAGAUGGAGGAUUCACCGGAACAGGCGAUUUUCUCGAACGAGCGCCGCCCAUAGAGGUCGAGGUGCUGGUUCCGGUUCUGUGCCGAGGAAUUUCGGUUGAUCGAUCUUGUUGUCAUGAAUGCUACUGUCUGCUGGAGAUUGACCGGUUCGAACGAACGGAAAUGGAGGAAGGAAGCCGGAAUCCGGUGGCCGGAGAAAUCGACAUUCUAAUUCUGGAGAUUUGCUGUAUGCUUACACAGUAGAUCAAUUUGUUCAUUCAUUCAACCUUUAGCAGUCAAAUUUUGUUAGUUCAAACUUGUUUUCCUGUAGUUUGUAAUACUUCCAGUUGAGGUCAAGAUCAUUGCUUUUAGUUUC